AUGCAUGAUACUCAUGUAUCAGCCCCCCUUUUUGGUGCAAAUGUGUGGCAGUCUCUUGUUCAGCCGGUACCUGGUGGAGGAAUACCCUCAUCAUUGCCAGCAUUACUGUUGAAAGUGACCUUCAAGGAGGGAGGCGCGUUCGAUUAUCACAACAAAUUCGAAGAGAUCAAAGAACGCCUACGAGUGGCUCUUGAGAACACUCGACAAAACCGAGGUGUUGGGAAUGUUGAUAUGUCUACUGUUCAUCUGGACCAAUUGCCUGCUUACUCCGGCCCAGUACAUGAGUCGACUGGCGCUAACCAUGACAAUCAGCAUCCUUCAUUAAACUCUCAGGACAGCCGUGCUACUUCAGAAUCGUGUCCAAUGGGACCGCCGCCAGGCUACGAAGAAGUUCAGCAGCAGAGUGUCGCUGAUGAGCUCGAAGAAAGGUUACGUCGUGCUAGCUGA